AAAGGGAGGUAGAGACAAUAAAGGAGGGAUAGAAAGACUUGAGCACUACUCUGGAGUAAAUCCCCUCAAUCUGAUCAGUGUGUGAGGAAGGAACUAACUAACUCACAGCGUGGACGCACAAGCUUUAAGGUUUCUUCUAUUCUUCAGUGAGGAGAAGAGAGACCACAAUCCACAAGAAAACAAACUCACACUCACAUGCGACUGAGUUCCUCACAGCUGAGUUGAUAUUUUGGGGAUGGAGAUUUGUUGUUUUGCUCCCUGAUGCAUCCUUCACAUCAGCAAAGAAGUCAGCACAACCUUUACUUCAGGUGGCAUCACACAUUUUGAAGCAAAGCCAAGCUUCUUUGUCUGCACAAACUCUGAAUGGAGAUGAUGAGGAACUCGCCAUCUGUGCAGCUGUUCCUUGCUCCCUUUGUCUUUUCUUUACUUUCAUUCCUCCUCUGGCCGGCAUGUGCCAGCUCAGGGUCUGACUAUGACUUUGGAGCCCACCCACGCUUUGUGUGCACCCCUGUUCCCGUGGACGCAGACCCUUCCUGCUUCCCUACAUCAGGUCCGAGCGUAGGUGCAGCGGGGCCCAGCGGACCAGGCCAUCAAAGUGCACCUCCUGCUGGCUGGUGGGGCGCGAGCGAAGAGGCCAAAGCCACCAUCCUCCACCUUAGGGAGAGCCUUGUCCAGCAGAAGGAGAUCAUCCUGGACCAAAGAGAGACGAUUCGGGAGCUCACGGCCAAGCUCACUCUGUGCGAAGGCUUCGGACGGGAUGCUUCACCCCACGACUCUUCACACUUGCAUCACGCUGGGGCGGCCAGCCAUCACUCAUAUGCUGACAAUGGGCACUAUAGCAACCAGCAGGGUCACCAUGGAAACAGCAACCUCAUACCAGACUCGCCACACUACCCCUCGGUGGGAGGGCAACGAUUUGACGGAGGGCACAGUGGCAACAACCACGGGAAGGAUAAACAUGUGACACCAGGGGACGUCGCAUCGUCGCCAGAGCAGAUGGAGAGGAUGCUACAGGCGCUGAAGGAGAGGCUGGACAACCUGCAGAAGAGGAACACAUCCAUCACAUACUCCAGCUCUCUGAAGGAGUUGCUGCAGAGGAAGAUCGACGCACUAGAGCAGCAACUGCACCAUCACACUGACGGCCACGGUGGCCCGGACCACCACGAUGAUGACAGCAGCCACGGAGACGACAGAGAGCAUCACGCCGAUGACCACCACGAUGACGGAAACCCCGGUGACCACAAAGACGACCGCCAUGACGAUGGACAUCGAAACGGUCACGUUGACAGCGAUGGCGGCCACACGGAACACCAUGAUGACGGCCAUAAUGAUGACCAUCAUGAUGCAGACGGGGACCAUGAUGAUGAUGACGGUGGUGAUCACCACGACAACGAAGCAGACAAUCACAGUUACCUUCCACACACGGGAUACAGAGCACCAGGCCCGCGGACCGGUUUCCACUCAAAUAAGCUGGAAACGAUGCUCAAUCAGCUGCACCUCUCCGGUUCCAGCAGGAAGAAAUCAAAAAGUCCUGAUGCGUUCCAGAUCAGCUUCCCUAUGAGGACCAACUACAUGUACGGGCGGGUGAAGAGGACGCUGCUGCAGGAGAUCUUCGCUCUGACUUUGUGUCUUUGGAUAAAGGCAGGAGUGGGACCCGGACUGGGGACACCUUUUUCUUACUCUGCGCCCGGACAGGCCAACGAGCUGGUGCUCAUCGAGUGGGGGAACAAUCCCAUAGAGCUGCUGAUCGAUGAUAAGGCAGCCACUCUGCCCCUGUCUCUGAGUGAUGGGAAGUGGCACCAUGUGUGUGUGACUUGGACCACACGGGACGGACAGUGGGAGGCCUACCAGGACGGGGUGAAGCGGGGGUCUGGGGCGAAUCUCUCAGCUUGGCACCCCAUUAAAGCUGGAGGGGUCUUCAUCCUGGGACAGGAGCAGGACACUCUCGGAGGGCGCUUUGAUGCCACUCAGUCAUUUGUGGGCGAGAUGUCGGACCUGCACAUGUGGUCACACGUCCUGAGCGCCAGCGACAUCUACAGCCUGGCCUCAUGUGGCAGCCACCUCAGAGGUGACAUCAUCGCCUGGUCCGACACGGAGGUGGAGCUUCACGGAGGCGUCGCCAGAUACCCCUUUGACCCCUGUCACUGAAGGUCGUUACCCUGAUGGUCUGAGAACAUUUAUGAAGAGAAGCUACGGGGACUGAAGGAGGAUUAAGAUAACCACUCAGAGCCAAUGCCUUCCCUUUGAACUCAAUCAGUGAAUUUUCUAUAAAUAAAUGAACAAUGAAAGGAAACAUGGUGAUAAAUCUUUAUUCACAGGUAACGUGUAGGGACUCUGUGGCUGUAGGCCAUUAUUUGUUGUACCCACGAGUUAGUAUUUUAUUUAAACGGACAAGUGCUGUAUGUGACAUAUUGCCAUAUUGUUAAUAAGACAAAAUAAAGUUGGUGUGUGCUAAUCUUUGCAGGCCUUACACGGGGUCUGCUGUGGUGACAAAUUGUAAGUUGUUAGUUUGAAUGAAAGUCAUAGAAUUUUUUUUCCUGCUCUGGAUUCUCUUUUUAAAGGUUUCCAUGAAACAUACAGCUACUUCACCAAAGAAAUGUAGACUUCAGGUUAAACUUUGUGUUGAUCUUUUCUAAUUUUACGAAUCUGUGUAUCAUAGAUAGGUCCAUGUUGGAUUUUGAGAGAAAUGCUGAAGAUCCUGUGAGACAGGAAGUGUUUUACAGUUAAUACAUGGACUCUUGCCUCAGUUUUGUACCAUAAAAGGGCUUCUUUGAAAAUGCUGAUUAUACCGUUUCACCCAAACUUUUAUAUCUUCUCAUUGCAAAUCCCAUUCCUCACUGAAUUAGUUUGUAACUUUUGAUGUCGGCUGCACUGUGAAUUUGUGAAUCUGGCCUUGAUUGUAUAUUUAUCUUUGUACAGUAAUUUGGUUUUUUUUAGCAAUGUUAGAAUUUUCCCAUUGUGUUUGUCAUUGAAAAAGUGUUUAAAUAAAAGUGUGACAGUUUAA